UAAAUGUUCUGAUUUUAUGAAUUAAGAAACUGUAGGCAAUCAGAUUACCUUGCUGAAGUGAUUUAUCACCAUAUAUUGUUUCAACAUGACACGUUUAUUGUCAAACAGAGACAUUUCUAGAAGAAAGGUGGUAUUAUAAAAGUUUAUGUUUCACUAUGGUUUUUAUUUAUUAAACUGUUCUCUUGGUGAAUAUAUUGUGAAAGGCGAAGUUUAACGAGUGUUUAGCAAUCAAACCAUAUAAUGUAAGUGAAAUCCUCUUUAUGACAACACAAUCCAAGUACCUGCUUGUGUCAUUUAACCAGUCUGUUUGCUAAUAUAGCAGUUUUCCUAAUCUAUUCAGUCUACUUUUACUGCUAAAUUGUAGUUAAACCUAAAUAAUUAUAUAUAGGCCUAUAUAUUUAUAAGGAAAAAAUCUUCCUUGGAGCACUAUCCCAUAAUAGUCCUCAACUUCACUGAUAUCUCAUCAUCAAAUGACCUUAGAGGCUUCAAAGAAAUCUCUAAAUCCGGACAAAUGUCACACCAUUCCAUGUUCCCCAGGAAUCAAUGUGUGCUUUCAGAGGUGAGAGCUUGCAGCUAGCUCUGGAAGUGAAAAAGAGAGCUCAUCCUGUUCUGAUCCUGCUUUUAUCUCUCUUCAGCUCUUCAUUCUGCUAGAUUUGUGUGUGGUGGAGAUCUGUGAAGCUGAAAUUUAUCUGUAAAUCUAAACAUAAGACUUGAGAAAAUGUAAGGCCAAGGGGAAGAGAGAUGAUGCAAUUAAAGCUGUAUUCUAUGGGAAACUAUCAGAGGUUUAUGCGCUGAAGGGCAUUGACCUGUGGCACAUCCUUCCCUCCUUUUAAACUUCCAGACAGACAGUUUUAAGACAAUUUAUCUUAUUUAUUUAUUUUUUUUUUUUUAUCAAUUUCAGUUGCUUAAAAGGAUAAUCCACCUAAAAAUAAAAAUUCUUACUCUCAUGUGGUUCCAAACCUGCAUGACUUUCUGUCUUUUCUGGAAAUGUAAAAGAAGAUAUUUUGAAGAACUUCCAUUCAAAAUAUCUUCUUUGAUGUUCCACAGAAGAAAAAGUCAUGCAGUUUUGGAACAACAUGAGGUUGAGUAAAUGAUGGCAGACUUUUUUCCACCCUCAAAUGGAAAAGAGGAUAGUCACUGUAUAGAACAGGUACCCUGAUGUUUUUGUCUCAGUUUUCUAAAUGUAUGAAAGGUUUGUGUAGCUAUGAAUCACUAUCUACUGGAACAUAUAGUUCAGUCUGACAUAAAGAGCUUUCUGUCCUUUCAAAAGCAAGGUCAAGGCAGAUGGCCUUCAGUACCACCAAGCUUCAGACUCAACAGCUGCAAACUAAAACGUGUUUUGUAGCUUGUUGAGAUAUGGUAGUCUACAAAAAUGGGAGAUAUUGCUAUAUUACUUCCAUUAAUCAUCUAUUUGUCAUAUAUAUUAGACAAACGCUAUUUCCAAUGUUAUAUCACACUGUAUAAGCAGUACUGGAAAAGAUUUUAAGUCUUCAUUGCCCAUGUAUGGUACAUCGAUACCCAGGUAAGCAGCCGUGCGGUCAUGCACUUGAUGACUUGUUCUUUUGUGAGGCCAUUGUAAAAGUUUAUAGCCUGGUUAUGAUGAUGGUGUGCCCAUAAUUUCAUGAAAAAGAGGCAGAGUUUAAUAGCAGUAGGGUAUAUAAGUGCAGGCAACUCAAUCCAUCAGUACCUCAUCUUUCAGUUAACUCUUCUUCUCCGCAAAACAAUCAACACCCAAACCAUGGCUUUCAACGGCAAGUGGGAAACCGAAUCUCAGGACGGAUAUGAUGAGUUCUGCAAACUGAUUGGUAUCCCUGAUGAUGUCAUCUCGAAGGGCCGUGACUUCAAGCUUGUGACGGAGGUCAUCCAGAAUGGAGAUGAGUACACAUGGAUCCAGUACUAUCCAAACAACCAUGUUGUGACCAACAAAUUCAUUGUUGGCAAAGAAAGUGACAUGGAGACUGUUGGAGGGAAGAAAUUUAAGGGCGUAGUCUCCAUGGAAGGGAGCAAGCUAGCCAUAAGUUUCCCCAAGUACCACCAUACAUCUGAGAUCAGCGGUGGAAAGCUGGUGGAGACCUCCACAGCAACUAGCGCCAAGGGUCCAGUUGUUUUUGUUCGUACAAGCAAGAAGAUCUAACUCCAUUGAGAUAAAUGACCCUGUUCUGCUCUGACCUCCAAUUCACUUAUAAUAAAGUGUAUGAGCUAAACUGACAAAUGUCUCCUGA